CUGUCGCAAGCUAACCUGUCGUCGUCAUCCUCAGACGAAUCGAGCCACGUCAAGAUCAUGCUCGCAACGGACAAUCAUGUUGGGUACCUGGAAAAAGAUCCGAUUCGCGGUCAAGACUCGCUCAACACCUUCCGCGAGAUUCUUCAGCUGGCUCAGCAGCACGAUGUCGACUUCAUACUGCUGGGUGGUGACUUGUUCCACGAGAAUAAGCCCUCCAGAGCGACGCUACAUGGUGUCAUGGCCUCUCUACGAGAGUACACUCUAGGGGACAAGCCAGUGAGCAUAGAGUUGCUCAGUGAUCCCUUCGACGGCAAGGCAGAUGGGUAUAGCUUUCCAGCGGUCAAUUACGAAGACUCUAACUUGAACGUGGCAAUCCCCGUCUUCUCCAUACACGGCAACCACGACGACCCGCAAGGCGUUGGUGUGGAGGGUGCUUUAUCCGCAUUGGACGUUCUUUCAGUGGCCGGCUUGAUCAAUUACUUUGGCAAGGUGGAGUUGCCCAGCACUGAUGGAACGGCCGGGCGAAGCGCUGCACAAGCAAACGACCCCCUUAUGGAGGACGGAAUCCGUAUUCGACCAGUACUUUUGCAGAAAGGCGGCACAAGGAUUGCACUGUACGGCAUGGGCAACGUAAAGGAUGAUAGGAUGGGAUACGAGCUGCGAGCGAAUAGAGUGCGCAUGUAUCGACCUGCCGAGGAACCUCUGAGCUGGUUCAAUAUCUUGGCCGUGCACCAAAAUCGCGUGGGCCAUGAUCCGAAGGCUUUCGUACCCGAGGGGAUGUUCGAUAACAGCGUUCAUCUUGUCGUUUGGGGUCAUGAGCACGAACAGCUCAUCACACCUCAGCCUGUAGCUGAGAAAAGAUACUGUGUCACGCAGCCUGGCAGCAGUGUAGCCACCAGUCUGAUGCCAGGCGAAGCGGCCGAGAAAAAGGUGGCGAUUAUACACGUGGAAGAAAGGGAUUACUACCUGGAGGAGAUACCGCUGAGGACCGUGCGUCCAUUUGUGAUGGAAGACAUUGAUCUCGACGAUGAGAUCCAAGAUGCCAAUAUCGCAGCGGACGACAAGCCUGCAGUGACCAAGCUGCUAAAGCAACACGUCUAUGGACUGAUACAACGCGCGCAUGAGGAAUGGACUGCCAAGCAGCAACGCUUGGAAGAUCCAAGCCACCCUGCUGAGCGCAUGCCGCUGCCUCUCGUUCGUCUUCGGGUCACGUACACCAAGCACGAGAUGGGCAACUUGGUCCGUUUCGGACAGGAGUUCGUCGACAAGUUAGCGAACCCCAAGGACGUGCUUCAAUUUACCAAGAAAAAGGCCUCAGGUGCCAGGAAGAAACGAGAUGAGAAUGUAACGGAGUACAUUGACCCUCAGGCAGAAGGGAUGGUCGCGUCCGAAAAGCUCGAGAAAGUUCACGUUGGCGAUCUCGUGAGGGAGUACCUCGAGGCGCAAGAACUCAACAUUUUGAAUCCCGUUGGUCUGGAAAGAGCGGUCACCAGUUUCAUUGAGAAAGACAACAAGGACGCUAUCAAAAGCUUCGUUGCAAAUAUGCUCAAGAGCUCAAACAAGGACCUCGUCUCGAUGAAUCCGGAUGAGCAGCAGCUAGACGUCGAAGUUAGUCCAGAGUUGCGGAUCGCGUGAAUUUGAGCGUGGGACUUACACGUAUAUAGCGCUUCUAGCUGGGACGACUUCGCGAGGAGAAUCUCCGUGCAGGGCAAGACCAUGCAGAGGGCCGCCGCAA